AUGCAUCCCGCUACCAAGCUCUGGGUCCUCUUCUGCGUAGCCGCAGCAGCUGCCACCGCAUUUUCCUCGUCCACCCAUGCCGCCACCGCCACCAACACCAGCGCCGCCCGUUGCGUGUCACAUGAGCGGGAGGCGCUGCUGGAGUUCAAGGGAGGAAUCACCAGCGACCCGACUGGCCAACUCGCCUCAUGGCAGCGAGAUUUCGAGCAGGAUUGCUGCCACUGGAGAGGCGUCCAGUGCAGCAGGCGCACGGGCCACGUCCGCGAGCUUCAUCUCCGCAACGUGCAUGCCAACAACACCCAUCUCAUCGACGACAGGGAAACUGCUCUGGUGGGCCAGAUAAGUCCUUCUCUGCUCUCCCUGCGGCACCUGGUGCACCUUGACCUCAGCGUGCAGGAGCUCCAGGGGCCCACCGGUCAUGUCCCGGAGUUUCUAGGGUCUUUCAAGAAGCUGAGAUAUCUUAACCUCUCCUGCAUCCCGUUUAUCGGCAGGGUGCCGCCUCAUCUUGGCAACCUCUCAAGGUUGCAGUCUCUUGACCUUUCACAAAACGGUGUUGGGUAUCUAUAUCCAGGAGCGCAUCUAUCCUCCACGGAUAUAUCGUGGUUGACUCGUCUGCCUAUGUUACGGUACCUCAACAUGCAGUCUGUAAACCUCAGCUUGGCUGCUGAUUGGGCUCAUGUGGUGAACACUCUUCCUUCCUUAACGACAUUGUGCCUCUCUCAGUGCUCACUUCAAAGCGCUAACCAGUCACUUCCACACCAUAACCUCACAAACCUUGAAGACCUCGACCUCUCAAGAAACUAUUUUGUCCAACCUAGUGCAUCUUGCUGGUUUUGGAACAUAACGAGCCUUAGGCACCUCAACGUUGGUGACUCUGACCUGUACGGUCAACCUCCAAGUGCCCUAGGCGGGCUGAAACACCUACAGGUCCUUAUCUAUUCAAGAAGUAGCAUGGGCACAAUAACACCAAGCAUGAGAAAUCUUUGCAAUUUGGAAAUCCUAGACCUCAGCUACAAUUUCCUGCAUGGAAAUAUAUUUGAGAUGUUACCACGGUGUUCGCCUAACAAGUUGACGGAACUACAGUUGGAGAACAAUUAUGUCAGAGUCCUGCCAAGAUUGAUAGGGGAAUUCGUCAAUAUUGUAACCCUUGACAUGUCCAACAACCAGCUCACUGGGCAUAUUCCUUCUGAGAUCGGUAUGUUGAAUAAGUUGGCUUACCUAGACCUGUCCAAUGGUUCCCCACAUGGAAUCGAGAUCUUUGCAGUUAGUGCUACGAGUGCGUUGGGGGGGUCGAAUAAGACGGGGGGGUCGAAUAAGACGGCUUACCUGGACCUCUCUAACAACCAGUUCGCUUCUUCUCAAACACAAAAAAACCAGCUCACUGGAACUAUUCCUUCUGAGAUCGGCAUGUUGAAUAAUUUGGCUUACAUGGACCUGAGUGGAAAUAACAUUGGAGGUGUGGUCACGGAAGAACUUUUUUCCAAUCUUACCAGCUUACAUAAAAUAUACUUAGACGAUAACUCUUUGAAGGUUGUGGUGGAUCCCGAGUGGCGACCACCAUUUAGUUUGACAGGGGCAUCUUUUGCUUCAUGCCAGAUGGGUCCUUUGUUUCCUGGAUGGCUGAAAUGGCAGGUGAAUCUCUCUUACCUCGAUAUCUCAAGGGCGAGUAUAACUGACAAGCUUCCAGACUGGUUUUCUACAUCAUUUGCAAAUGUAAGAACAAUGAAAAUUUCUGAGAAUGGAAUCAAUGGUAGCUUACCAACAAACAUGAAGGUUAUGACAUCAUUAAGAAGACUUUAUUUGGAUUCAAACCAGUUAACUGGUCAAAUACCACAGUUACCGGUAGGACUGAGUAUAUUGGAUCUCUCCAGAAAUUCUUUAUCAGGGUUUCCAUCAAAUUUUGGAGCUCUAAAUAUACAAGAGCUGAAACUCUACUCCAAUCUUCUCACCGGCCAUAUUCCAGAAUCUAUUUGUGGAUUGCAAGGCCUAGGCAUGAUCUUAGACCUCAGCAACAACCAACUUGAGGGGGAAUUUCCUCCAUGUUCUCAGCCAAUAGAUCCAUGGAUUCUACUUUUGAGUAACAACAGGUUCACUGGAAUGUUCCCAUCAUUUGUGCAAAACUUCAGCAGUACAUCCAUCCUUGAUAUAUCAUGGAACAAUUUCUCUGGAAGAUUGCCUUUGUGGAUUGGAGAGCUGGUGAACCUAAAGGUACUGCGACUCGGCCACAACAUGUUUUCUCAUAGUAUUCCGGCAAGUGUUACCAAUCUUACAAGGCUUGUUCAUCUGAAUCUAGCAAGCAACAGUAUGUCCGGUGUCAUACCCCAGAAUCUGUCAAGUUUAAUAGGUAUGCAGAUGGGGAAUAGUCCCACUGUAUUCCCCUCUAAAACUCUGAAUAUGUCUGUGUUCACAAAGGGGCAAGAACUCAAUUACCAGGAUGCCAGGAUUUUUGACAUGGUGAUCAUUGACAUAUCAUCAAAUUUCUUAACCGGUGGAAUUCCAGAAGAAUUGGUUACUCUUCAUGGAAUAUUGAGUCUUAAUUUGUCAUGGAACGACUUGAGUGGAAAAAUCUCAAACAAGAUUGGUGCCAUGCAGUCGGUGGAGUCACUUGACCUCUCAAGGAACAGGUUCUAUGGAGAAAUCCCACAAAGUUUAUCAAAUUUGUCAUACUUAAGCUACUUGGACUUGUCUUACAACGACCUCAGCGGAACAAUACCAUCCGGGGGUCAACUUGACACCCUCUAUGAAGAAUACCCAUCUAUGUACUAUGGCAAUAACGCUCUUUGUGGACAUCCUCUUCCCAAUAACUGCUCAAACAACAGUGCACCAGAUCAUCAUGUCCAACAGACAAGUGGAGAUGCAAUGUUCUUCUACAUUGGACUUGCGGUAGGAUACAUUGUUGGUCUUUGGGUGGUAUUCUGCACCAUCUUAUUCAAGAAAGCAUGGCGGAUUGCUUAUUUCCGCCUCUUCGACAAGGUAUAUGAUAAAGUGUACGUGUUUGUGGCUGUUAGUUGGGCGAGCUUGGUCCAAAGGACGGCAAUGCAUUGA